AGCAGCACAUUACUCCAGUCACUAACAGCAUGAAGAGCAGCAAGGUACCUCCGAUUGUGGAACAGGAACAGACAGGGAGCUAAAACACGCAUACAGCAUUAAAACGACAAAGGCAAAGAAGAAAAUGAAAGAACAUUGGAUGUGACAUCAUUGGUGUUUCUACAUACUGACUGGACCACAAACGGAAAAAACAAACAAUUAUACACCAAGAUGCAAGUGGCCUUGUGAACAUGUGGUUGAAAACGAGCACGAGAUCACAAGUAUACGUGCAGGAUCACAUCAAAACUGCUGUAAGAACUUUUUGCUUCCUUUUGCUGAGGAAUGUUACAUCUUUAUUUUCCCAAUAAGGAUUUUAAAUUUGGUUAUGUAAAAUUUUAUAAAGACAUUUUACAAGAUCUUAAAAAUAACAUACAUUUUUCCUGAAGGAACUCUAAACUGACAAUGCAAAACGACAGUACUGAUAGGAACUGUACUGUACAGGAUGAUUUUAAAUACAUUCUAUACAGCUCAGUGUUCAGCAUCGUAUUCAUUAUAGGACUGCUCUUCAACAUUGUGGCUUUGUACAUCUUCACUUGCUCGCUGAAACAAAGGAAUGAGACCACAAUCUACAUGUUGAAUCUGGUUGUAUGCGACACACUUUUCGUCCUCAGUCUGCCAUUUCGGAUUUCUUACUUUCUCAACAAGCAAUGGCCUUUCGGGCCAACCCUUUGCAAAAUCUCUGUGUCGCUGUUCUACACGAACAUGUAUGGCAGCAUCUUUUUCCUGACCUGCAUCAGUGCAGAUCGCUUUCUGGCCAUCGUUUAUCCUUUCGCCUCCAGGUCAAUGAGGACUAAAAGAAACGCAAAAAUUGCCUGCUGUUCAGUUUGGCUGCUAGUGCUCUCGGUGAGCUUGACAUUUGGGUUUAGGUUGGACACUUCCAGCUCUGGAAACAACACCUACUGCUUUGAAAAAUACAGCAACAGUCAAUGGAAAUCUCAGCUAUCCAAAGUGGUGCUGGUCAUGGAGACUGUGGGCUUUGUGAUCCCACUGCUUAUCAAUAUUUUCUGCUCCAUAAUGAUCCUAAAGACGUUGAGAAACCUGGACACAAUUAAAAGUCAAGUGCACCUGAACAAGACCAAGAUCUUGCGCAUGAUUAUUGUGCACUUGCUGGUCUACUGCUUUUGCUUCAUCCCAUACAACAUCAAUUUAUUUUUUUACUCACUGGUUCGCAGUAAAGUCAUCGAUAAUUGUGCUGUGGAGACUGUGGUCAAAACUAUUUACCCUAUUGCACUGUGCAUUGCGGUGACCAAUUGCUGCUUUGACCCUGUUAUUUAUUACUUCACUUCAGAAACCAUCCAGAACUGUAUUAAACGGAAGUCUUAUGCUGCACAAAGCACCAAGAGGUACAGCAAUGGUCCAGACGAGUCUCCUGUGAACACGGCACAGUUCCUGAUAGCCAAGUUAAUAUUUAACGAAACUGCUGUUUGAGGACAUGGAGGUUUCUAUUCCAUACAACAACAAAAGAAGUGAAAAACAAUAUGUAUUCCUGUGUAUACUUUACAAUGACAUGAAUUUAUAAGAAAAAGAAUGUAUUUUGUUUAUCUUUUAUAAUUUAAUUUUUUACAUGUUUUGGUAUGUCAUCAUAUAUAAGUCAACAUUUUAAAUUUCAUUUAUUAUUUAACAAAUAAAAAAGCAAUCUUUUUUUUUUAUAAUGAGCUAUAUAAUGAAUAUAUUUAGUAGGCUGACAAGAUCUGACUUUAUAGCACAUUUAUAACACCUAAUAUAUUAUUGCUCACACAUACAUGUAGCGAAAAAACUUUUUUUCAUCACGAUCUAAACAAUUAUUCUUCUUCCCUGCAAAUCCUACAGAAAUCUAUUUUAUGGUUUUUAUAAAAAUGUAUUGCAAUAUACCUUAAACUUAGUGUUGACACCUCUUAAACCUAGAGAUGCAUUAAACUAUAAAAUAUUUAUUUCAUAAACGCAGUCCAAUCAUUUAAAUUCUAAGCUCAUUAACUGAACAUUUACAAAACCAUGCAUAACCAUGUAAUGUUUGAACCUUCCAUACAAAAUAACACAUUAGAUCCAAGCUGAUAUUAUUAAAGCCUACUUGUUUGUGAGUUACUGAAGUUUAGAUUAAACGAUUCAACCUAGCUGACAGCUACAAAAAUAAGCUGUUACAACAAUAAAGAGGUAUUGAUUUGCACUUCUGUAUUUCAAUUAAAAUAUUACAGACCCUCUGUCUAUGCAUCAUGGACCCCACUUCGAGAAUUUUCCGCAAUAAAUCAGUCAAAAGAGGGCUUGUUUCUGUAAACUAAUGUUAUCACAACUUUCAUUUCCCCCACUCUUCAUUUAGAUCCAUUA